AUGUGUCCACAUCUUCCAAAUUCCUUUACUGUUCGAAAUUUUUUUGAAUUAGUCCUAAGUGAAAGGAAUUUCGUAACAUUACUUGGCCAGAACUCAACAACUAGAUUGUACUAUGAAAAUGGGUAUUUACUACCAAAAUUGUGUGGAAGCUAUCGGAGUGAUCGAUUGCGUGACACUUGGAUCUCACCAAAUAUGUCUCGUUUACAUUUAGACUUAACAAGAUCAUCAAGUCGUGCAGAAGCAUCAACAAGUUACAAUAUGCGUUCAUUGUCAAAUCACCAAAUAUCAUCCAAACCGGUCAGUUUGGCAGCGUCGAUAAUAAGCAGUUCAGAAAAUUUUGAGGGGGAUAUUGACAGCAGUGGAAGCUAUCGGAGUGAUCGAUUGCGUGACACUUGGAUCUCACCAAAUAUGUCUCGUUUACAUUUAGACUUAACAAGAUCAUCAAGUCGUGCAGAAGCAUCAACAAGUUACAAUAUGCGUUCAUUGUCAAAUCACCAAAUAUCAUCCAAACCGGUCAGUUUGGCAGCGUCGAUAAUAAGCAGUUCAGAAAAUUUUGAGGGGGAUAUUGACAGCAGAUAUUCUGAUGUCUCUUCAGCUAAUUCAAAUGCUUCCGAAUCUCGCCUACUCAGAUCCUCGGCGAGAAAAUUGAGAAAUGAAUCAAACGGCCAUCAAAAACAAAUACUUGCACGGGAACAUCAAACGUUUAACGAGUUACAGCCAAACACUAAUAAUCUAACUGGUUUUAGUAGUCUCUUGACCAGAGAUGAACAAAAACAAUCAGUGACUCCAAUCGGACGAUCAAGGCGACCUUAUAAAAGUCAAAUGAAAUCCGGGCAUCAGUCACCAACCAAAGUUCUUGAAAAUGUUAAUCUCAGUCACUCAAAUGCUCCAAAUGUUUUAUCAGCGACAUCUACGUAUGUUUACACAUAUUUCCUGGAGCAGGCGAAUUUCAUCCUUAUGGAAAAAUCCUUGAAAAACUUAUCUCAAAUAAAUACGACUGCCACUAAUCUUAGUUUUGAUGAAAAGCAAUCUAACUUUCGACAAAAGCACUCUAGAGGAUGGCUGGCACUUAAUAUGUUUGGUUUGGAAACAGAUACUGAAAGACGUGAUUUUAAAUCAAAGAUUUUAGACCAUCAGUUUUUGUCCAGUGAUGCAGAGGAUGACAAUAAUAUGCAUCAUGCAACUAAACAUGUGACCAGUCGAAGCAAGACACAUGUCUAUUGCGAUUAUUCGCCUCAGUCAAUGACCGGUUAUUCAGGUGCAGCUGUCCGACAAUCAAUCUUACGUAUUUACACUCAAUAUGCACUUAGUAGUCUGAGAGAUCUUUUCAUUCAGAUUUUAGCCGUUUUAAUGACUUUUUUUUAUGCUAUUGGAAAUAUUUUUGUGUAUAUUCUGAGUUGUCUGCCACUACUUUGUGAUUGGUUGUUUUUGAAAUCAGUUGGUGAAGGCAAUAUUAUUAAUUCUGCACCACGAUCCCCUUAUGUUUUGCAUCCUCGUCUGUUGAAGUUUCAAGGUCAUGUAGUUACACCAAGUUCUCAAGUACGAGAUUCUCUGUUGACCAUGAAAUCCAAUCGGUAUUCUGGCAGACAUCAGGAUAAUUGCUGGAAAAUCUCUCUACGUUUUUUGUUGCCAGCACUUAUUCUGUUUCCGUUAUUGUUAUUUCUAAGUUUACUGCUGUCUCCAGCCGACAAAGUAUCAGAUAAGUUACUGUUCAGAUUGAUUCCAAUUUUGUCGGAUGUGAACUGUGCCUCUGAACUUUCUGAACCUAGACCAGAUAUCACUCAUCUUUGGAGCUUUACGUCUAAUGAUCAACCAUCAGUUUAUACAGAUUUUAGCAGCGGAAGUUCCGGUGAAGUAGCAGCGACCAAACUUAUCGAACAGUUAACUUCAUUCUCUCAAUCUGUUAACAAGCGCUUGGAUUUACUUUCACAAACAAUAAAAGCUACUGAUGAUCGCUUGAUCGAUUUCAAACAAGAUUCACUCAAGGAAUCAGAUGUACUUAACUCACAACUUAAUGAAAUGAGGAAUGUAUUCAGUCAUCAUUUGAAUGAAUGGCGUCAAUUUUAUAUGAAAUAUAACCAGGUAAACGGUAAUAAUGUGGAUAAACUCUCAUCAGACAAUACAAAGGUUCUUGAUAAUCAGGAAAUAUUACAUCUGGAAAGUGAACUUUUAUUAAAAACUGCCCUUGAAGCAGCUAAUGGUUCUAUCGCAAUGCAAUUGAACUCUCUACGAAAUGAAAUUCUGCGAGAACAUUUGAAGUCUGAAAAAAAACGAAAUCUUAGCCUUAUUCAUGUAUCAGUACUAAUGAAUGGUUUACGUGAACAGUUGAAUUUUCGUAGCAAACAAUCACAGCAUGAGCUGCAGAAAUUACGCUUACAGCUGAUGAGUGUGAAUAAUGAUCGAUCAAAGAAGUUUACAGAUUUUGAUCGCAAUCUACUUCAGUUACAAAAUACUGUUAGUGUAUUAACUCUUCGUUUAUCUCAUCUUGAAAAGUUGAACCGCGAAUCAGAAUCAACUUUUACUUUCAUUAAAGAUGAACUGAGGAAAUGCACUGAGAACGAAGUACUUGUCAAACAUUGCCAUGAAUCUGUCAUUGAGCAUGUGAAUACCUCUUUCAUUAAUCUAUCUCGAAUACUUUCAACUCAAAUUAAAGAAAUUGUCCAGGAGUAUUUCAUACUCAAAGAACUGAAUAACAGUAAUAAUAUGGAUUCUCUCCAACAAACGCUAUCUAAAUUGAUAAGAGAAUCAUUUGAUAACUUAAUUCGUGAUCACAGAACAAAACUGGCACCAGUUUCACUUGGAAAGGAAGUAAACUGGGAACAUAUGAUUGAUAAAGCACUUCAUCGAUUUGCUGCUGAUAGAACUGGUCUUGUUGACUACGCAUUAGAGUCCGCUGGAGGUUCCAUUGUGGGCACACGUUGCACUAAGACCUACACUGAAGGUGCCUCGUUAUUUAGCAUUUUUGGCGUACCUUUGGCCCGUCUUAGCAAUUCUCCCAGAACAAUCCUGCAACCCGGUAAUAAUCCUGGUGAUUGUUGGCCAUUUCACGGGAGUAAGGGUCAAGCAAUAAUUCGUCUCUCGUCUCCAAUCAAUAUUACUUCAGUAACUUUAGAACACCUACCAAAAGAACUAGCCCCAAAUGGAAGAUUGGACUCAGCUCCAAGAGAUUUUACCAUAAAGGCUUUACAAUCUGAAUAUGAUGAAGAUGGAGUUACUUUAGGCUCAUUUACUUAUGACGUGAGUGACAAGCCUGUUCAAACUUUUCACACUAAAGAAUAUCCUAAGGCAGUCCAGUUUAUCGAGCUGGUCAUACUCAGCAACCACGGGCACCCCAAAUACACUUGUAUUUAUCGAUUUCGCGUUCAUGGCAACAUGACUGAUUGA